UCUCUCACCAAAAAGGCACAAGAGACCUUAAUCUCUGAAGAGCUAAGGACUUGUAUGGUUGCAGAAGACCAUCACGUGAAUGCCCAUGAAAAUUUUGCUGGAAAUUGAAAAACGGUUUACAGGUAUGUGGAUUCUGUCGGCUAAUUCAUUGAAGAUAUAAAGAUAACUAACCCAGAAUUAAGGGCCAAAAAGGAAGAAAGCUCAGCCUCUUUUUCUCCCAUAUUCAUGAGAAAUCCACAUUAUUCAGUAGUCUACAUACAUUUUCUGUAAGGGUACUACAAAAACUAGAACACCAAUAUAAAUUAGAGCUUUAGGGCCAUACCCUCCUCCCACAUGAACUGUUCUUCCUCAAACUCUACUAUGAAGGUUUGAUCAAUCUCCAAAAUUAAUCAACUGGGUUGUCCUUCUUUUUCGAUAUUCAUCUCAUGGCACCAAACGGAGAAAUGGUGUUAGGCUCAAGCUCCAGGAGCGAUAAUCCCAGAAACAAGCCUACAAGACUCUCCGUAGAAGGCCUACAGAGAACACUCUCCGACAUCUCACUGGAACUAAUCAAAGAAGACAUUGAUAACGAUAUCAACCUUCCACCCAUUUCCGAGGUGGAGAAUGCCAAGUGCGAGUGCUGCGACAUGUGCGAGGAGUGCACACCCGAAUACAUCAGCCAAAUACGCGACAAGUUUUCCGGGAAGCUGAUAUGUGGGCUGUGUGCAGAAGCGGUGAAGGAAGAGAUGGAGAAGAAGGGAUGGAAGAUAGAAGAAGCAGUGAAUGAGCAUAUGAGCGCCUGUGUGAGCUUUAACAGGUUUGGUAGGACACAUCCUGUGCUGUAUCAGGCUGAGGCCAUGAGAGAAAUGUUGAAGAGGAGCUCUAGUAUGGAAGGAAGAGCAAGUAGGGCGAAGUCCAUGAGUCCUAGAGAAAAGAAGGGCGGUAUUGCGAGGAGCUCGAGUUGUAUUCCGGCCAUCACGAGGGAGUUUUCCAUCUUGAAUUUUGAACGUGGGUGUGAUGCCAUUCUCCCAAGAGAUGAGGGGAUCCUAAAGGUACCAAUUUGACCCCAGCUAGAGCCCAGAGGUGUGGCAGCCUUCUUUGGACUUGCAUAUGGGCUCAGUGAAUGGAAGAAAUAAAUGCGAGGGGGGUUCAAACAAUGCACACCAAAGCUAAUUCAAGGGACGACCUUUAAGCAUGUAUGCAGGCUCAAUAAAUGGAGGCAAUAGAGACAUUGGUGCCUCUCAUAAACCAAGGGUCUAUACCAUCUUAAGCUGUGAUUUGACCAAACAAUGUAUGACUUUUAGGUAAAUAAUUUGUAAAAGAGCAUUACCUUG